UCAACAGACACCAGCGGACUAAUAUCGAUUCGGGCAGCCGAUUAGGACUAAAAGGCCCUUCGAGAACAAUUUGUCCCCCGGUGCGCCUUAAGCUUUCCACGGUGCGGUACGAUCCGCCAUCCAGCCAUCCCGAAUGCUCACCAGUAAUCAUCCUCCUUCAUUCUCACUCUCUGCUGCUCCCUGUCUUGUUCUCCGUCUCGCUUUACGCCUCUCCUACUCGUUUGGUGUAUCUCUUUUUCUCCCUCCAGCGCUCCCUUCUCCGCUACGUUCUCUCUCCCCUGAUUCCCCUCUCUCUCUCCUCCCCACCUCGCCGAGCUCUACGGUCAUGGCGAUUUUCCCCACGCUGGAAAACCCGAAGAAAGGAAAUUCUCAGAGAGAGCGGGUCUAUCAAAUACAUUAUUUCUGUUAUCGUUCCUGCCGCUUGGCAAUGGCACUGCUGGCAGCAGUAGUAGCCGCUGUACAGCCAUUCACGAUGUAAAGACAAACGUUGAAUAAUAUCGUUAGCCGUAAUCCGGCAGUGCAUUUAAACACUUUGGGAAAUAGCCGUAUAUUUCGGUGUGACGUAGCAUUCGAUACGCGUCGGCUGGAUGCGCGCGCAGAACGUAGGGGCGCAAAGGACUGCGGUGGUGGGGCGAACUCUCUAGUAGAGAACAUGAGGCGCUCGAGCCAGGGGUGGAAUUACGUUGGUAUAGCUGGCGAGAAGGGUGCGCCCUAGUUCGCCUCGGCGUUUCUUUUUCGUUUCGCGAGAAAUUCCCGUGCGCUGCUGCAGUUUCGCGUGCGCCCUUUGAAUAAUGCGUUGCCUCGGCGAGGACUUGCCGACCUGGACGUGGAACACGACGAGUAUCGGGACUCUUCUGGCGUCUCCUUUUCAUCGUCCCGAGGCGAGAGUGUCGCCGCGCGAGACUGUACGACGGUGGUGAUUCUUUUUUCAUCUUGACUCUACGACGACGAGACGUUAGUAGAACAAGGACGUUUUCUUGGACAGAAUUGAAAGACAAGAAGAGAAAAGACAUUUGUGGAGCAGAAAGAGUGCCGUGUAUCCUAAUCGCGUGUGAAAAUUGUGUCCUGUCUUUUUGUGUUAAAUGUGACGGGAUAUUAUCAUGGUGUCGCCGGGGUCGAACACUAACUUGUGAUCUUUUCUGAUAUGUCAACCCGCUUUAUGGUUGCACGAGGAUAAUUUUUAACCUUUCAAGACGUAAUAUGACGUGUGCUGAUAUGACGAGUCACGGACGGAUGAUUCGGGACCGCUUGAUCCGCCUCGUUUACAUAAUUAGCCUCCGGUGCAGAGACGACGGACUGGAGUGAGUGUGCGUAAUUUUUGUGAAGGGUGAGAAGGACGAAGUAAGCAGACGCAGGGGACGCUGGGGACUUAGGGUCUGGUAGAGUGACGAGGGUGACUGCGAGUGAGAGAGAGAGAGAGGGAGGAAGAGAAAGAAGUGAGAAUAAGGGAGAAAGAGAGAGAAAAGGUUAGAGAUCGAGGGAGAGAAAAAUGGGCUCUCGUUGGAGCUCCGUGGAGGCGAGGCACGCGAAAAUGUUUUCCACCCAGUGAAGCACGUAAGGGAGAGCCCGGAGCUAAAGAACGAGAGUGAGCGAUACGAGAUAAACGUGAAACACCAUGGACCUGUUACCCCUACUGUACGCUUCAGCUAUGUUUAUCAUUGUGUUCGGUGAGAAGUGCGCCGACGACUGUUCCUGCAAAUGGAAGAGUGGGAAACGUACGGUGGAGUGCAUAGAUCGCUCCUUGACUGGUAUACCCGAGUGGAUCGAUCCGGAGACCCAAGUGUUGGACACAAGCGGCAACGACAUCAGAGUGCUGCCGAGCAAUAUUUUUAUACGGCUACAUCUGACGAAUUUGCAGAGGCUAUACCUACGCGGUUGCCAUAUCGACCGAAUCGAUAACAAGGCUUUGGCCGGUUUGACUAAUCUCGUCGAGCUGGAUUUGAGCAAUAACCUAUUGAGCGGAGUACCGGGCGCCUGCUUCGCGGACGUCCCUUUUCUCAGGGACCUCAUCCUCGCGUUCAACCCCAUAUACAAAGUAUUUUCGUACGCCUUUAAGAACACGACGAACCUCGUAAAGCUGGACCUAUCCAACAGUCAGAUUUCAGAGGUCGAGUCGAACGCGUUCCAAGGCCUGGAUCUACUGGAGAGUCUCAAGCUCAAUAACAAUGGUCUCAGUACACUUCAUCCGGGAACGUUUGACCCGCUGAAGAAGCUCACGAGUAUCGAGCUCCAUGACAAUCCUUGGGUAUGCGACUGUCAUCUGCGUGACAUGAAGAUGUGGCUGGUUAAGCACAAUGUACCGACCCUCGUGACGCCUCGUUGUCAAAAACCAGAUUUCAUCGCGGACAAGACAUUCGCCGACCUCACGAUUGACGACUUCGCCUGCCGUCCUGUCCUUCUUAUCGCGAGUCCCUAUAGCGAAGCGACGAUCGGCGAGAACGCCAGCAUAGUCUGUAGAGUGAGCGCCAUACCACCAGCUCAUAUCAGAUGGUACUGGAACGGUCGUCUACUCGCGAAUCACUCCUCCUUCAGUAGCUUCCAGAAGAUAAUCAUCUACGAGGUGGGACAGUUUCGCAAGAAGAGCACCCUCGUUCUGACAAAUGCUCAGGAGGACGACUCCAGUGAGUUCUUGUGCAUGGCUGAAAAUCGCGCUGGGACCGCCGAGGGUAAUUUCACCCUCAACGUAUCCCUCAGGACCGCCGGCAUGUCGACCUUAGGAUCCGGCCAGAUUGCCGGCAUCUCAGCCGCCCUGGUCGUCCUCAUACUCUUCAUUCUUCUCAUCAUACUCGUCCUGUUCAUCCGUCUGAGGCGUAUGCCCUUCAAGGAAUCCAAGUCCUCGGCGCCGCUCGAGGGUGUUCCGGAUAACAGCGCGCCGGAGAGUGCGAGUACGCGCCGAAAAAACGACAAUACCGAGACGACCUCGUUCAGCGAGUUCUCGAAGCCGCCGGUCUCCCUGAACCUCAGCUACGUUCAGCGACCGCAGCAGACCCUCACCGAGGAAACGGACUACAGCCUGGAACGUCGCGUCCUCGAGGAAAGUCAUCAGCAGCCGAUGAGAGUACCACCUGGGGGUCCUUGCUUCUCGUCGACGAUAUCGCUGAUGCCUAUUGACAACCCGGAUCUUAUUCGCGACACGCGUCGAGGUUCAGCGGAAGAGCUCGUAGCGGAAUAUUCAGCCACGGACUAUCCCCGGGUCGACCUCGACGGAAACGGGAAACUACUGUACUCGGGCUGUCUCUGGGACCGGGAGAGGACUUCCGUUUCCGUUAAUACCUACCCCUCGAAGGAAGCCCUGGCGUCGAUAAUUGCUCCGGUCGAGCCCUUUCCUCCUGGUGCUAAGCAGAUUCGUGUCUGGCAGAAAGGGGUUCCCGUUCUUCCACCAGUUUCCGCCCUGAAGCGCGUCCUCGGCUCGACACGCAGCUCUCCUGACGAGGGAUAUCAAGAAGGCACCGGGACGGACGUCUAGGUACCGCUGCUUCAUUACUGCGACGCCCGGCAUCGCUACUUGGAGUUACGCAGAAGGCAUCACGACGAUGAGAAUGAUUAAAACGAACGCGCGCGGGUUUCAUGUUAUAAAAGGAGCUCGCGGUUCGUAAUCGUAUCGUGCCGGACGGGCGGUAGUGAAAUUCAUGAUCAGGAUAUCUCAAUCGUCAUCGAGACAUGAUGAUUAUUUGUGCCCAACGGUAGACUCACGAAUAGUCACGAUGACCGAAAACACAUACACACACGCAUACAAUAAUAUACGCAUUACAUUGGUUACAUAAUAUUAACACACUGUGUGACAUACGAACACGGGCGGUGAUACACGGACAUAAUCGAGACUGGACAAUGUCAUUGUUUCAGUGGUCUUAUAGCACAAUAUUGACGGGUAAUUUCUAUACGGCUAAGCCAAAUACAUACAAAUUUAUAAGUAAAGACUGUAAAUGUUCCAAAAAUGUAUAGAUAGCCAGGGCAAAUUAUUAAAGUAACACGUUGGUAUAAAUGGAUUUUCUAGUCAAUUCAAUUAGAAACGUUUAGGGAAAGUCUGAGGGCUCUCGUAAGAGGGCUUCGCAGGCAUUAGUAGCCUAGGUUGACGUUUCUUUAUCAUUGUCUUUAUCAUUCUCGCACCUUGUCUAGCUUUCCCCAUGUUACUACCAGCCCUAUUUGCCAUAGCUCAUUUUUACGUUAGAUCAUUUAUAAAACGAGAGAACAAACGAAAGGAGGUAUCGUCGAGUGCUACGUGUUUUGAUGAAUUUCUCCGAGCAUUAAAGAUUUUAUAAUUUUAUGUUUUUCUAUCCGCUACUCGAUCGUUACGCAAUUAUUUCAGAGAUCGCCAUUGUUAACGAUCGACCGAAUAAUCGUUAAACAAUUCCGAUGUAUCGUCAUCGCGUGCCAAACCGACAUCCUUUAUCGACGGGAUGUCUCGCGAAACGCAACCAAACCGGAAAUUCGAUCUUCUUCCGGCAGCCGCUAAAAAUGAUGAUCGAUAGAUCGAUGAUAGAUCUUGGAGACGAUCUUAUUAAAAAAAUAAAAGAAUUGGAAAAUUAUUCACUCGGGAAAUGAGGUAUGAUCAACAAUAAUCAAUUAAUAUCUGAGACCGAAGCCAAAUUGGCGGGUAAUUUGAAAUGUCUAUGGGUAUUAGGUGUUUCGUAUUAAUUAAAAGAGAGAAAGAGACGGAGAUACGCAAAGAAGAAACUUCAUUAAAAUGAAGAGCCCCUUAUUUCCCCUUCAUCCGUCACGUACAAUGUGAUCGUUGAGUUAUCAUCGCUGAAUAAAAUGUUCCAAUCGCGAUGAACGUUCUCAUUCAUAAUAAAUGGAUAAUCGAGUAUGACGUAAACUUCGAGUCUCUCCUGCGAUUCCUCGAGUCUCGCCAAUGAAAACGAACCCAAAGGACAGACCUGUUCGUUUGCCGCCGACACUCUCGAUGAGGUUUCAAGCCACGUUCAUUGUGCGUUCCCCGUGCUCCCGUAUACUCAUCACGUACGUGACGGACGGCUGUGAGAAAGGGAAGGCGGCCACCCUCUCAAAUUGCAAAUGAAAGCUAUCGAUCGGCCAUUGGUAAACUUAAGAUUUAUUGGAAGGCUGUUCGAGGAUAUUAGACAUUCUGAUAGCGAGGGCGUCAUAUAUCGUGGUUGCUUCGCGACGUGUACAUGGAGGCGAACGUAAAGAAGAAAAAAAGAGAAAACAAAAAAAUAUAGGAAAAGAAUAGAAAGGAAGGAAGCAGAGAGCCGAAGGAUGAAAAAAGAAAAAGAAUUGAACCGAAAGAAAGAGGUCAACGUUCCCUUCCUGCAGUCUCUCUUCCCCCCCCCCGCCCCCCUCCUACUCUGUCUCCUUUACUUCUAGAUUUUUCUCCAUAUCCUUUUUUUUCCACAUUCAUCUCCCACACGGCCGAGACACGUUAGCUUGAAAUGUUGCCAGAACGAUUAGGGAACGUGGGCACUGUGCUUACUGGUUACUGUAGUAACGACGCCUUACGGUAUCUGUUCCAAUGCUGAGUUACACGUGAUGUCUCAUCUCGUGUGAUAACCACGCGAUUUAGAUGACAUCCGAUCACUCGUUUCGUAUGUCACGUGUAUAAUAUUAAUUUGUAAAAAUUCGUUAUGGCUUUCGUUAUGCUUCCUUUGUUUACGUUGUUUUCCCUUCCGCACGAUUCUCUUAUCCGAGUAACUAAUCACUUUUCGACAGAUCGAUAAGUAGUUUCGUUUCAAAACGUGCACUCAUUUUCUAUGUGGUUACUAAAGGAUAACUACCCGCUAAGUAUUACUGCGCGAAAUCUUUUUAGGUUAAAGUGACCUGCACGGGCUCGUCACAUUUAAAACGAGCUCGAAAGGCCAUUGGCGAAGUCGCUAUUACUUCCUCGCGACUCGCUAAUCGUUCUCGAUUUAUUUUACCUUAGUCGACUAACAAACCUAGUCAUAUUUUUUAUGAAAAUAUUCUCAAGUACUUUCACGAUAUAUCUUUCGUUGUACAUACCGUAGCUCUGUCACACCGAUAUUUUACACGCAUGCGCAGAAACGUCAUUUUGAUCAUACCUUCUUUACCGAUCGAUGGCAAAGGAUCUCAGGUUGAGAUAUUUCCACGGUCUGAAUUGACAGUUACGAAAUCGCGUGAGUGAACUACACUUGGUAUUUGGUCGUGUUUUUCUUUCGUAGAAGAUAUAUUUUUUUUCACUCACCCUCGUUUCAUUAUCAUUUCAAAUCGGAAUCGCUCCCCUCGAGGGAUACCCGAAUUCGGCCGUACCUCGUGCAUAUCUGUAGCAUGCAUAUCGACGAUUGACGUCAAAGGAUGGAUCUCUGACAGGCGUCAUGGAAUCCAGAAGAAAUACAUAUAGAAGGCAUCGAUGAAUAAAUUUUGGAGGCUACGAAUGUAAACCUAGCAAAUGACUCGAAGACAUAGUUUAUAACCGUAAGAACCUUAAGGAUGUUAAUGAUGUACAAAAUGUGUAAUUUAGUGUUGCAGGUAUACCGUCGAAUGACGUAACCUUAAUUAUUUUUCUUCAUUAAAAAAAAAACAUGGAAAUAGACGAGAACGAAACACACCCACACGAUCACAGACACACGCAUAAACACGGUGUAAGGAUAAAAAAUGAGAAAUCUAUAGAUGAACAUUUGAGAAAUAAAAAGAAAAAUAUUACGAGAGACACUUUCAAGAGUUACACAUAAUUUUUUUCUCGAACGUAUACAUAUUAUAUACGUAUCAUAGACACACGGUAAAUACAUAUGUGCUAUAACGACAGUUGUCGAAAUAAACUUUUUUCGAUCA